AUGGUCGAGGAAGAGCGGGAUGCUGAAUUCAACUAUCAUGACCAAUGUCAUCCCCGCCCGGCCUCAAAGCUUUCAGGCCUCCCGGCCCCACAGUCCCGAUCCAAGGGUGAAGAACUGGUCCCACACACUGCCCAAUCACGACUUGGACCUCACGGCCUGAACACUUGGCAUGCGCAAUGA